AUGAAAUAUUUAUCAGUCGCUUCUAUUUUAUCAUUAUCUUCAGCAGUUUUAGCUGCAUUACAAGAAGUUCAAUUGUUUGUUCAAAGUGAAGAUGAAUCAAUCGAUGGUAUGGGUUUAUACUCAGUUAGAGAAGGUGCUGAUGUCAAUUACUUCUUUUUACAAUCAGAAGCUCAAACUUUCAUUUAUGAUGAUGGUGCUUAUAUCAUGUAUACUACUGAUUCAACUGAUGCUAUGAGACAAUCAGUUGGUAUUGAUGGCAAUGUUUUACAAGCUUCAGUUGCUUUCACAUCAAGUCCAAGAGUUGAUAUUGAUGAAAAUGGUAUUGCCUCAUUUGGUGCAGAUUUAUAUGCUAAAAUGAACAUUGGUGAUCCAUACAACUAUUCAGCUGACUCAUACGCUGUUGUUACUGAUGAUGAUGGUAUACCAAUUCAAAUUGUUGCUCGAGUUGUUGGUGAAGAAGAAGAAGAAGAACAAGUAGCUGAAGAAGAACAAGCAGCUGAAGAAGAACAAGUAGCUGAAGAAGAACAAGUAGCUGAAGAAGAACCUGUUGUUACUGAAGAAGCUACAGGAGCCACUGAAGAAGCUGUUGUUGAAGAAGAAGAAGAAGCUGCUGCUGAAGAAGAAGAAGAAGUAACUGAAGCUCUUGAAAAUGCUGCAAACUCAAACAAAAUUUCGUUAGUUGCUAUUGGUGCAGUAGCAGUUGGUUUAGUGUUAUAA